UUUAUCACUAUUGGUUAUGCCAGAAAAUCUACAACCAAAGAAAAUGAUGCAUCGGGAACGCGACUUCUGCAACUCAUGGUUGACAAGCUGUAUUAUCGAAUGAAGUGUGAGGAAGUGUAUGUCAGUCCGUGCUGCUUUGCCGAUGAACCGAUUUUGGAACGUGAU